GCACGAUCGUAAUCACUGUGUCCAUUUUGCGAUUUCAGCAGUAUGAGGGGAUUUGUCGCAUUGCGGAGCUUUGCCAGAAGGGCUAGCCCUGUUGUCUGGAAUGAUGGUGUGUCAUUGGUAUUGAGACGGAGCUAUUCGACGCCAGUACACUCAGCGGAUACAUUGCCGCUGGCCGGUAUACGCGUGGUGGACAUGACUCGAGUGCUUGCAGGCCCAUAUUGCACACAGAUUCUCGGCGAUUUAGGCGCAGAAGUGAUCAAGAUUGAGCACCCCGUUCGUGGAGACGAUACCCGAGCAUGGGGCCCUCCGUUCGCAAAAUACAAGGAGGGCACGAAGGAUGGCCCCGGAGAGAGUGCGUACUAUUUGGCGGUGAACCGGAAUAAAAAGUCACUUGGCCUUUCCUUCGCACAUAAACAGGGAACUGAAAUCCUACACAAACUCAUCAAAGAUGCGGAUGUGCUGGUUGAAAAUUACAUACCUGGCUCCCUGAAGAAAUAUAAAUUAGACUAUGAAACUUUGAGUGUCUUGAAUCCCCGAUUGAUAUAUGCUAGUAUCACUGGGUAUGGGCAGACAGGGCCCUACAGCAACAGAGCAGGUUACGAUGUUAUGGUCGAGGCCGAGAUGGGUUUGAUGCAUAUUACCGGUGAAAGGGAUGGACCUCCGGUGAAAGUUGGUGUUGCCGUGACUGAUUUAACUACCGGAUUGUAUACUUCGAAUGCCAUCAUGGCCGCACUCCUAGCACGAAUGAAAACGGGCAGGGGCCAGCAUAUCGAUUCCGCCCUGAGUGAUUGCCAGGUGGCCACCCUUUCAAAUCUUGCCAGUUCAGCUUUGAUUAGCGGCCAGAAGGAUUCAGGAAGAUGGGGAACCGCUCACCCAUCCAUUGUUCCUUAUCGCGGAUAUAAAACCAAGGAUGGUGACAUCCUUCUUGGUGGUGGCAAUGACAAGCUCUUUGGUAUUCUCUGUGAACGGCUAGGCCACCCCGAAUGGGCAACAGAUUCCCGAUUCGUUACCAAUGGCCUCCGCGUGAAAAAUCGGGAAGCGAUUGAUCGUCUUAUCGAGGAGAUAGUCAAACAGAAGACGACACAGGAGUGGCUAGAGAUCUUUGAAGGUAGCGGCAUGCCAUAUUCGGCUGUGAACGAUAUUCAAGGAACUCUGAACCACGCUCAUGUUCGAGCUCGCGGAAUGGUGCAGGAAGUCGAGCAUCCUAUCUGCGGCCCUAUGAAGCUUGUGAAUACCCCGGUUAAAUAUUCCCAUGCGACGCCCGGCAUCCGAACUCCGCCUCCAACACUUGGACAACACACUGAUGAAGUUCUGCAAGAUUUGGGUUUCGGCACUGAUAAUAUAGAUCAGUUGCGGCGCGAUGGGGUUGUCUCAUGACCUGUUGAGAGAAACUGCUACUCCUGGUGGUUGAUGCUAAUGCGUCAAAUUUUAAUACACCACUUCUCAUUAUCUAACUAUUUCUGCUUGGUUUCAUGAUUCUACCCAUAAAUCGAACUUUCAGCAGAGUUAUGCAAUAAUGUAUCCUAGAAAUAGAUAAAUUAUCUAUAAUCCUUGCCCGCAGG